ACAUGAACUGCAGUCUGUUUUUUUCUUUAACACAGACACAGAAAGAGAGAAGCAGAGGGAGGAAGCUUCGGUUUUGCUCUUAUCUCUCUGCAAUAUCACAUUAAACCGUAAAUUAAAAACAGAACGGAAGAACUGGAUGCUAAAGGAGUGAGUACAUUCAUGACACAGAGAGCCAGGAAAGAGGGACACUGAAAAAGAAAGACAGACAAAAGACAGAGAGACUAUGAGAACAAUAAAAUAAACACGGCGGAUACACAUUGGCAGAGUUUACAGGACCAGCUCUGACAUCAGUGAAGUGAGAGAGGAAGAGGGGUGCAACAUUGCUUUACGGAAACCGCUUGACAGUUUCAUAUACGCUGACACAGUCUAACAGACGCUUAAGAGAAACAGAAAGAGAAAGAGAGACAAAAGGAUUAAACAAGUCUAAUUUCAACCAAACCAUGUUGAUAAAAGAAUACCGGAUAUGCAUGCCGCUCACUGUCGAUGAGUACAAGAUCGGCCAGUUAUACAUGAUCAGCAAGCACAGCAGAGAGCAGAGCGGAGGAGGUGAAGGGGUGGAGGUCGUCCGUAAUGAACCUUGCACAGACCACAAACACGGAGCCGGUCAGAUCACAGAGAAACGCAUCUACCUCAACAGCAAAUUGCCAACCUGGAUGAGAAAGUUUGUUCCCAUGGCUUUUUAUAUAACAGAAACUGCCUGGAACUUCUACCCUUACACCAUUACAGAGUACUCGUGUUCCUUCCUACCGAGGUUCCAAGUCAGGAUCGAGACGCACUUUGAGAAUGACAACGGUUGCAGUGAAAAUGUGUUUGGUGAUGACCCAACUCCAAAGGACACAGUCUGCUUUUUGGAUAUUUUGAGCGAUCCAAUCCCUGAUAAGCAUUACAAGUCGUCGGAGGAUCUGAGACACUGGGUGUCAGAGCAAACAGGCCGGGGACCCCUAGUGGAUGACUGGAGGAACUCCACUACACCCAUCAUGUGCUCCUACAAAAGAGUCACCUGUAGCUUUGAGGUCUACGGCUUCCAGGGAAGAACAGAGGAAUUCAUUCACAGGAACAUUCGUGACAUUCUGUUGGUGGGACACAGACAGGCGGUGGCAUGGAUUGACGAGUGGCAUGGAAUGACGAUCGAGCAGGUGAGAGAGUACGAGAGAAAACAGCAGGAGGAAACCAACUGCCAACUCAAGAGUGACAUUACCUCCACAGACUCUGCUCCUCCAAAGAGACCCAGCUACACUCGCUCCAUCUCUGUUACGGAUGAAUCGUCACUGAAAAAGUUGGGGGUAAAGACUGAAGACAUGCCAGACUCUUCAUCCAGCCCUUCCUCCGUCAAAAGUCCCUUGAGAUUAAACUCUACCCCGGAAUAAUACCCACAAGAACCACACCAGUACCACUUCUUGAAACAUUUGCCAAAAUUCUCUCAACUUGGACUUUUUCUUCUAACCAAAACUGAGAAAGACAUUCCACAUUGUCACUCUCUGCUUUCCAUUCCUUGUAUGCUUGUGUUCAUGCAGAGGUCGACAUUAACAAAACAUCUUUCUAAAGAAUUUGAGAUAUACUAUGUAAAAGACUCUGGCUCUCCAUGGAGUGAAACCAUAAUGCCUUAAUUCACUUUUCUCAUAGACAAGCCAACAUCAUCAAAAUGGAUUCAACAAACAGUCUAUUCCACUGCCAAAAGAACAAGGGACAACAGACCCACCUGAGCACAGAAUGGAAAUGAAAAGCCUCUAUUGAUAUAAUAAUCAAAUCAGUAGACCGGUUCAGUGAAACCCAAUCGUAUGGAUUCUGGUGAUUGUGAGCAACUAGCCGAAAUUUCUAGUGGGUUACGGGUUAUUGAGACUAACCUUUGACCCUGUAUCAAUACAUUGAAGGAACGCAAUUGAUUGUUUAGUCGCGCAGCACAUAGUAAGAACAUUAUCAAUAGUACUUUUAGUGAGAAGAUUGAAGACUACAAUGGACUGAACAUUAUCUGUUAUUUGACACUUAUCACACUGGUCAUUUGAUACAUGCCACUGGUGAUAUUCUGUGUUUGUCUCUGGUUAUUCAAAAUUAAAGGGGACCUAUUAUGCAAAA